AUCUGGCAGUAGCAAGAAUCCACUUCCAGCCGUGCCUCGUGUAUUUAUAUAACGGUAUCUGUGUCGCAGCUAUUUCGCCAGCAUUUAUCAGUGUAUAUCACGGUUGAAUAACGUUUACCACCACAACGGGUAUGACCUAGGCAGUUAGACAUCUGUAGUCGACACUUUUUUUAGCUUCUCACUUAACCAAUGGCGGGAAACGUCGAAAAGCCCAAGCCGCUAAAGGUGUUUGGCAGAACCCACUACGCUUGUACCAGAUGUAAGCUCUCCAAGAUCAAGUGUUCCGGAGAAAAGCCAGCAUGCUCCAAUUGCAAGAGUGUAAACAAGGAAUUCGCCUGCGUGUAUCCUGCCAAAGAUCGUAAGAUAGUUAUCAUGGAAAGCGACCUCAACAAGUUGCACGACCGAGUGGAACAUUUAGAAACGCUUCUUCGGCAACUGGGCCAAUCGGAUCCAACAGAUCUGCUGAGCCAGCUGGAGCUUCAACAGCAGACUAAUCCUAGUCAUCAGUACUUAUAUUCUGAACAAUCACCGUCCUCGCUUUCUGUCGUAGAAAAGCCAGAGUCUUACGGUAGCAUCUUGUUUGAAGAUGUCUUUGCCCCGGAAUUUGAGGAUACCCUGCUUCUGUCCAAUAUGCUCCGCGUCUGUGAGCAGCAACUUCCAGAUCGUAAAUACGCCAUGCAGCUUCUAGAGAAAGUGUAUGCGACAUACUCGUCAGAGUUCUAUCUCAUUGACAUUGCAGAAAUGCAUGACCUCUUUGAUGACGUGUAUUCGCUUUUCAGGCGCUCAGCAGCAAAUAAUGGCCAGUACGAUUUCGAAUCUAUAGCCAACAGCAAAAGCGGAAUGAACCAGACCUCGUUCUCGUAUCUCUUCGCCGUCCUUGCCUUCGGUGAGCAGUUGCUCAACGUCCAGACGCCUGAAGGGAAGUACCCAGGUAUAAAACACUAUCUUUUGGCAGAAAGGCUCUUCCGAUUGACCAAAGAGCAGAUUGAUUUCACCUUCAUUCAAUGUGCCCUUUUGCUUGGUUUAUACGCUGCCAACUUGAGCAGAUACAACACUGUGUAUAACUACUUGGGUGUAGCAGCCCGUUCUGCCGUAGCUCAGGGGUAUCAUCGCCAGAAGGAAAUUCCCAAGAGCAUCCAGUCAGACCAGGAAAUCUUUGCUUUUCGUAGGCAUGCCGAAAAGGCAAAACUUCUUUGGUGGUCGGUCUUCGUCAUCGACACAACCUGGGCAACAAAAACUGUCCAUUUCCAAUACACCGACACAGACGUAGAUUUACCCUGCGAAAACACUUUUCCCUUGCUGGAAGAGUUUGACCCCAACAUUCUCGAGGUGAAUGUUCACCUCACGAAAUACAUAGCCAAGUUUGUCCGGUUGAUCUACGGUCCAAAUAUCAGAACUUUUUCCAUCAACUACAUCAACACCAACCAAUUCAACCAGAAGCUACUACUCAAAAAUAUUAUCAAGUCUUCCCGCGAUUUAGUGAAUGAUUUCGAGACACCAUUACUUGGCCAGUUCAAAGACUCGAACAUCAUCGAACGUGGUCGUAGAAACUUGGCCAAUUUGUUUCUCAGGUAUCAUCAGCUUAUCAUCUUGAUCACUAAGCCACUGUUGUCGCUCGUUUUCGAUGCUUCAGCUCCCUCCGUCGUUGAAAAUUAUGAAGACCUCUUCUCGACAAUCUCAAAAGGGUUAUUCACCUCUUGUGCAACUAUUGAUCUAAUUGCCAAUUUGUUUGUCAAGCAUAAGAUCUUUGUUUUGGGUUUCUGGGAUAGCCAGCACUUGUUUGCGGCAAUUUUGUACAUCAUCAUUGCCUGCUUGGAUGGAAAGUACUAUCCGCAGUUGAAUAUUGGUAUCGCAUUAUUGAGGUUCAUGGCCCAACGCACCAAUAUCAAUGCCAAAAAGUGCUUUGACAAGCUUGUGGAAAUCAACAAGUUACUCAUGGAUGCUCCUGAAGUCAAGCUCAGAUUAAACUUGUAUGCGAGCGUGGCAGAUUUCAUCACAGAUGACAAAGAUGCUCCAUAUAACCCUCUUCCGCAAUCGAGCUUGAAUACAACGUCUUCCACAGGAGAUUUCAAGUUCACUCCAGUACUUCCCCUCCCAUAUUUGCCAGAACCCUACCGUAUAAUAACGUACGGUACCAACAAAAAGAGGUAUAGUGAGAGUUCGCGCAGUGCUAUAUUCACCUUGAUUAACGAGAUUCAGGGUUGGGACGAUUAGAUUACGUGCGAGUGAACUGUUGCCAUUCUUUGAUCUUAUUUUACAUGUAUUAUAUAAGUAUCACAUAGCUAUGUCCGGACACGGUAGUCGGACUGAACGCAGCGAUUGCACUUGCUCAUUAUCCUCGUUGAUGUUCACUCUACCUCAUUAUUUAUUAGCUUCACUUCGUUUCCUUGACAAUUUUAGCUUAAUAGAGUAUAUAGAAAAGUAUGGCUUCGGAUC